AUGGAAAAACCUGUUAUCCAAGAUCAAUAUUUGGCAGCGCGGGCUUACUUUCUCUGCGUCAUUGGCAUGCUUUUUCUUGAGAGCAUCGUUCGACUUCCUGCGCGGCUCCGCAGCUUAGCACAUCGUGGCCGUCCAUUCAUCAAAGCAUCAUCGGGCCACACACGCAUAGCUGUAGCUCUGCAUAAGCUAUUGACUCUCCCAUCGCCAAUUCCCACCCUUACGAAUCACCAUGUCGCCAAUUUCCUAAGAUUCGCCGUGCUUCUCGGCCUGAACAUCUUGUUCGGAGUAAACGAUAACGAGUUCACUACCGACUUCAAACUUUACGGGUGGCUCACAAUCGCCAACGGCGGCCUCGCCCUACUACUAGCAGCACGCACAAACCUCUUCUCCAUCAUCGCUCGAAUCCCAUCUCCGGUUCUUCUCGUCUACCACCGCUGGAUUGGCGUUGCAACCAUGGUCCACGCAACCAUCCACUUCGCCCUGAACACCCAGCACUACAUCGCCACCGACCAACUUGCUGACUCGUUCUCCAACAUGCGCAUUCAAGUCGGUGCGAUGGCAUGGGCGUCCCUCGUUCUCAUCUCCCUCACCUCGGUCCCCAUUAUACGCCGCCGAUUCUUCGAGGGUUUUUACUACUGCCACGCCCUCUUCUUCCUCUUCGUUGUCGGCGCCCUCAUCCACGCCACCAAAGGUCCCGAGUUCCUGCUCCCUGGUCUUUUGCUCUGGGGUUGCGACCGUUUCCUGCGCUUCUACUACAACUUCCGCUCGAUCAACACGACUUCCGUGCAGCAUCACCACGGAGACGUCGUCAAGAUCAAGUUCGAAGGGCUGAAACCGCGGCAUCCGGGGCAGAUUACCUGGGUCCAGAUCCCGAGCGUGUCUUUCCUUAACUGGCACCCCUUCACCAUCGCGUCUGCGCCCGGCGAUGAUGAUGCGACGCUGGCGAUCAGAGGGCUGGGCGGGUACACGAGGAAAGUUCAGGGUAUCGUCCCGGGUGAUGGAGAGGCAAGCAGCGAGGACGUGACCACGCGUCAAAGUAUGGCAAUAAAAACUGUAAAGCUGCGAAUGCGUCUGGAUGGGCCGUAUGGCAUCGGCCGGGUCUGCUGGGGCGAGCAGCCGUUGACAGUGCUCGUUGCCGGCGGCAUUGGCAUCACUCCUGGCAUCAGCAUUGCGACUGAUCUUAUCCAGCGAGCCGCGUCCGUCGAUGCCUGUGCUCUGCAAGGGAAGUCGUGGCAUAUCCACAUGCUGUGGGCCGUCAAAGACGUCGAGAGCAUUGAGUGGUUCGGGGACGAGUUGAGAAGUCUUGCUUCGUUGACUGCCGAUCCUGGUGUACCUGCGACUUUUAAUCUUUCGGUUUUUGUCACAGGCAGAGGAGCUACACGGGCGGAUGAUGGAGAGAAUGGAUACGCAAUGGUUGGUCGACCUAGUCAACAUAACAUUCCUGGAGAGUUAAGGCAAGGCCGUCCGGAUGUGUUGGGAUGGUUUGAGGGAGUAAGGAGAAUGCACCCCUGUCUGGACGCAGCCGUCAAUGUUUGUGGUCCUAGUAAACUCAUCCGGGAUGUCAGGAUCGCAGCAUGCAAGGUCAGCUCUACCAAGAGCACGUUCUACGUUGAAGAAGAAGUGUUCGAGUUCUAG